AUGUCUGAUCAUGAUGAAGAGUCUCCUAAGGAGACGAUCCAUGCGUCAAAAAAAGAGGAGACGAUUCACAAUACGGUGAAGAAAACUCCAUCACCGUAUGAUUUGAAUUCCAAUGAUAAUCCAGGAAACUUGAUUACUCAAGUGCAACUUCGUGGGGAGAACUACGACGAAUGGUCGCGUGCCAUAAAGAGAUCGCUGCGUGCUCGCAGAAAAUGGGGCUUUAUAGAAGGCACCAUUGAAACACCAGACGAAAACUCACCUGAAAUUGAAGACUGGUGGACUGUCCAGUCGAUGUUGGUGUCAUGGAUUCUAAAUACCAUUGAAGCGGAUCUUCGUUCCACCAUGUCUUAUGCUGAAAAUGCAAGAGAUCUGUGGCUGGACAUCAAAGAAAGAUUCUCUGUGGUGAAUGGACCCAGAAUACAACAGUUGAAAUUAGAUCUAGCGAGGUGCAAACAAGACGGUAUGUCGGUGGUGACAUACUACGGAAAAUUGAAACUGUUGUGGGAUGAUUUGGCCAAUUACGAUCAAAUUCCCGUGUGCAGUUGUGGUAGAUGCAAGUGUGAUAUAUCCUCGUAA